AUGUGUGGCAUCUUUGGCUACAUCAACUAUCUGGUUGAGAAGGACCGCAAGUUCAUUCUUGAUACCUUGCUCAAUGGUCUGGCCCGUCUCGAAUACCGUGGCUACGACUCGGCCGGUCUCGCAGUCGAUGGCGACAAGAAAAAUGAGGUGUUUGCCUUCAAAGAGGUGGGAAAGGUGGCUAAGCUCCGAGAGCUGGUUGACAAGUCUGGCGUCGAUAUGACCAAAGUCUUUGACUCUCACUGCGGUAUUGCCCACACCCGAUGGGCUACCCACGGCCAACCCUCCAGACUCAAUUGCCAUCCUCACAGAUCUGACCCCAAGUGGGAGUUUGCCGUUGUCCACAACGGUAUCAUCACAAACUACAAGGAGUUGAAGGCCUUGCUCGAGGGCAAGGGCUUCAAGUUCGAGACAGAUACCGACACCGAGUGCAUUGCGAAGCUUGCCAAAUACCUCUAUGACCAGCACCCGGACAUUGAUUUCACCACCCUCGGAAAGGCCAUCAUCAAAGAGCUCCAGGGAGCCUUUGGUCUCCUCAUGAAAUCCGUCCACUACCCCCACGAAUGCAUUGCGGCUCGAAAGGGCUCACCCUUGGUGGUGGGUGUCAAGACGGCGAAGAAGAUGAAGGUGGACUUUGUGGACGUCGAGUACCAUGAAGAUGGUGGUGCUUUGUCCGCUGAGAUUGCAAACCACAAUGUUGCAGUCAAGAAGUCUACGGCUGGUCUCUUGUCCCCCAAUGGCCUGCUGGCUCCCCCUGACAAGUCUCUGCUUCACCGAUCGCAAUCACGAGCAUUCUUGUCGGACGAUGGUAUGCCGCAACCCGCUGAGUUCUUUCUCUCGUCCGAUGCCUCGGCCCUGGUCGAGCACACCAAGAAAGUUCUGUAUCUUGAAGACGACGAUAUUGCACACAUCCACGAUGGCCAGCUGAACAUUCACAGACUGACCAAGGAUGACGGGACUAGCAAUGUCCGUGCUAUUCAGACCAUCGAGCUUGAGCUUCAGGAGAUCAUGAAGGGCAAAUUUGACCACUUUAUGCAGAAGGAAAUCUUCGAGCAGCCCGAGUCAGUCGUCAACACCAUGCGUGGUCGUCUCGAUGUUGCCAACAAGACUGUCACCUUGGGAGGUCUGAGACAGUACAUAAGCACUAUCCGAAGAUGCAGAAGACUCAUCUUCAUCGCUUGCGGCACUAGCUACCAUUCCUGUAUGGCUGUCCGAGGUGCCUUUGAGGAGCUCACGGAGAUCCCAAUUGCGGUUGAGUUGGCUUCGGACUUCCUCGACAGACAAGCCCCUGUCUUCCGAGACGACACCUGCGUUUUUGUGUCACAGUCCGGUGAGACUGCAGAUUCAUUGAUGGCUCUUCGAUACUGCUUGGAGCGUGGUGCUCUCACUGUGGGUAUUGUAAACGUGGUCGGCUCGUCAAUCUCCAUGCUCACCCAUUGUGGUGUCCACAUUAACGCCGGACCUGAGAUCGGUGUCGCCUCGACCAAGGCAUACACUUCUCAGUUUGUGGCCAUGAUCAUGUUUGCGUUGUCCCUCAGCGAGGACCGCGCUUCCAAGGCACAGCGCCGCCAUGAAAUUAUUGAUGGCCUGGCCAAGGUCAGCGACCAGUUCCGGGAAAUCCUGAAACUCAACGACUCGAUCAAGGAGAUGUGCGCCAAGUUCCUACAGAACCAGAAGUCUCUGUUGCUGCUCGGCCGAGGCAGCCAAUAUUCAACAGCUUUGGAAGGUGCCCUGAAAAUCAAGGAAAUUUCGUAUCUUCACUGCGAAGCAGUCAUGUCCGGAGAACUCAAACAUGGUGUUUUGGCCCUCGUCGAUGAGAACCUGCCCAUCAUCAUGAUCCUGACCAGAGACGACAUCUUCCCCAAGUCGUUGAACGCAUAUCAGCAAGUGAUUGCUCGUGGUGGACGACCUAUUGUCAUCUGCAACAAGGACGACCCAGAGUUUCCUCCUUCCAAGACGGAGCGCAUUGAGGUGCCAAAGACGGUCGACUGCCUGCAAGGCUUGUUGAACGUCAUUCCACUGCAACUGAUUGCCUACUGGCUUGCGGUUGCUGAGGGAUUGAACGUGGAUUUCCCACGUAACCUGGCCAAGUCUGUCACUGUUGAGUAA